GGGGGUUUCUCCCUCACAUUGGGGAGAAAGGGGACAAAGGGUAAAGGACUUCCCCUUAGGGAAAAUCUGCAAUCAAUUCUCGGGUUCCGGGAUAUCUACCACUUUGUAAACGAUUACAAUGAUUGAGUGGAGGACGAAUGUCUACGUAACCAUUUAGCGAAGCACAAAGAUUUAACGUUUUGAGCGGUUUAACUUCAAAUCACAACGGUGAUACGUCUUAAAAUGAAGAACGUACCAUCCUGCUGCUCUGAGGAGGAGGUAAAAUUAAAGGUCAAAUAAAAUCCUGAAGUAUAUUUUUGCAGUAUCUUAUUUCGCGGGGUAUGAGUUUUGAAACCAGAAGGAGAAGCAAUACCAGACUUUCCAAUUGUCUGGGUGAAGUCAAGCAAUAAUGAGUGUUUCUAUCUUAAUUCCUUUCAGAGCGCCUCCCCAUCAGUUUUCGUCUUCAUGGACUAUUAUGCAUGGGCGUACUUUAAAUUUGCGGGGAAAGAGCAUACAUUGCUGCAAGCUUCCAAAAUCUCUUCCCCUCGCCUUCAAGCAAGGGGUUGGAUAUAGAAGGCCCAGAGUUGGGAAGCCCUGUCACUGCAAACUGGAUUCUGUUGACAAGCAAGAUGAACAACGAUUUCGAAACGAAGUUUGGCAAUGGUCCAACACACCAAAUCAACAGGCUGCUUAUGUUUUUCUGCUAUUUGGUAUGACUUUGGGAUCACAGCUUCCUGAUGUUUCAUGGUCCCCUGCUUGCUAUUUCCUCUGCCUGGGAGUUUGGAUAAUCUAUGUUGGCAGCCAUAGAAGCUUGGGAUCAAAGCCACCAAAACAACUAUCUUUUCGGGAAGGAAUUUUGGCCCCUUUGUACCUUUCUGUAUCAUUAUUUGGAUUUUAUUGCAUCUUGCACUUUUUUCCAAAUCUAGACUUGCAAACCUUUCUAUCCAUAUAUUUUUCAUUUGUCGGCGUAUUUGCGGUGGCUGGCAACAUGGUUGAUCUCAUUGGUGUUCUCUUUCCAACAACAAAUACACAAAUGUUCCAAGUGGAGGUUCCAAAAUGGCUUCGUGAAGAUGAUGCAACCAUUGGUGAGCUUUCGUUAACAUUUGCUGAUGCUCUUGCUCUAUGUGUGGGCAUUUCAAUUGUUAUUGCAAACAAACAAGCUGGAGCUCCAUUCGCCUUGAACAACUUUAUUGCUGCUUGUAUUGCCACUGAGGUUCUGCGACUGUUUUCUUUGGGCAGUUUUCUGACAGCUACCGCACUGCUAUCUGGAUUGCUUUUGUAUGAUGUCUUCUGGGUUUUUGGAUCUAUGCAUGUCUUUGGUGACAACGUAAUGGUCACUGUUGCAACAUCUUCGGCAUUUGAUGCUCCUAUAAAAUUGAUAUUUCCUCACCUUAAGGGAAACUCGACCUUUCCGUAUUCCUUGUUAGGAUUAGGGGAUGUAACAGUACCCGGUCUUUUAACUGCUUUGAUGCUGAAAUUUGAUCGGUCAAACUUCUCUACAAGAGCCUAUGAAGCAUUUGAGGAUUCAAGCACAGGGCUGAUCCAGUAUCCCAAGAAGACAUACUUCACCACUUGUAUUGCUUCUUACAUUUUUGGCUUGCUUCUAACAUUUGUGGCAAAUGGAGUUUCUGGGGCAGCACAACCUGCACUUCUGUACCUUGUCCCUUCUCAACUAGCUGGAAUUUUCCUAAUUUCCUUUCUAAGAUCUGAAGUUGAUCUUUUGGUUAGCUACAGCGAGGAGAUGAUAGAUAAUGCUGGUAACAUUGAGAAAGACAAAUGAGCAUUGAACUUUUUGUCUGUUCAUAGUCACCAUUAAUCUGAGGAACUAUCUAGAGCAGCAAAACCUGCACUUUUGUACUUUGUCUCUUCUCUACUAGCUGGGAUUUUCCUAUUUCCCUUUCUAAGAUCUGAAGUUGAUCUUUUGGUUAGCUACAGCGAGGAGAUGAUGGACAAUGCUUGUAUCGUUGAGAAAGACAAACAAGCAUUGAACCUUUUGUCUGUUUAUGGUCAACAUUAAUCUGAGGAGCUAUCUUGUAGGAAAGUAAAAGGGUUAAAAAUGUUUUAAAAGUCAAUCUAAAUUAGUACAUGGAAAUUGCUACAUUAACGAAUGUACAAAAUCCACAAAUGGAAUGACCAAUUUGCAGACAUAAUCUGAAAACAACAAUUGAGGUUUUGUCACAACUAAAUGAUUAAAAAAUAUAAGAAAUUUGUGAAGUUAGUCA